CUAUGAAUUAAAAAGUUGGGAUAAUACAUUUUUGUAUGUUUUUGUUUUUAAUUGUUGUGGGUUCUACGUAUUAUGUUUCAUGAAGUCAUCAGCGUAGCUUGUAGCGCCCUCUGUUGGUGAAAAUAAACGAUUGCUCUGGUAACCAGCAGACUACGUUGAUCGGGCUUUUUGCAGUGUAUGUGCGGGGUCUUUUGAACGCGUAAAACGGGGACAUUUCCGAAGACGUCUCGGGUUGGGAACAGGACUUCAAAAGCCGGGGCUUUCCCGGAAAAAAACUGGACGUCCCUAGGUUUUACAGACUGGUUUUACUUUGAAACAUGAAAAUUUUAAAUUCAGAUGAGUUAAAAAUAGCGGAGACCACUUUAUAUACACAUCUGCCUAAAUCCAUAAAGGUGUAUGGAUUUGUUUUCGCUAUGAACAGAGGGAAACCACACCAUUUGGAGGUAUUGGUGGAUACGUGGCCAGCUUUUACCAAUAUCAUUGUUCGACCAGAUCCAAAUAAUGACCGUGCAAAGGACUUUAUGAAGAAGGUGACUCUAUACAGCACAGAUGAAGAAGUCCUGAGAAGAAUGUUGACUGUGGAAAAUGCAAUUGACUGGAGCACAUACUUCCUAAUAGGAGGAUGUGAUCUUCGUCAUUCACUAAUGCUGAAGGAAAUUGCUGCUUCUCGGGGUGUCAGUAUGAAAGGGUUUUCCUUGGUGCACCUUAUGACAUUAACUGAGCCCAGUCAUUUACCUGAGCUCAUUACCAGUGACCUUGAGUCCAGAGUGUCUGUCCUCAAUGAGUCACAUGCUGAUGUAGUUAACAAGACUUGGAAAUUUGGUGGGGAUGACAAAGGUUACAGGAACAUCCUGAAUCUCAUCAGACAUUUCCCCACAUGCUGCAUUACAGAUGAGAGCAACCAGCCUGUGUCCUGGGUGCUGUUGUAUGAUUACUGUGCCAUGGGGAUGUUGUACACUCAGCCAGAGCAUCGUGGGAAGGGCUAUGCCAAAGCCCUGGUCACCACAAUGGCAAAGAGGCUCCAUUCUCAGGGCUAUCCUGUGUACUGUUUCAUUGAAGAAUGCAAUCAGCUUUCCUACAAACUUUUUAAAAGCUUGGGUUUUACAGAGUACCUCUCUUACAGGGCUGCCUGGUAUGAAUUCAUUUGUUAGCCUGAAUACUCAUCAAUACUCCUGUUUGAUGACAUAAAAAACUCCUU